AUGCAGAUCUACACGUCCAUAGGAGGAUGUGGAAGCGAGUGUUUGUCAGGGUACUUCAAAGAACAAGAAGUCACAAUACCAACAUGGAUCACCUUUCUACAGUGUCAAAGCUAUGCAAUGGCUUGGCUUGUGGCCCUAGAAGGGCCACCCACUUUGGCAAACCAUAGACUGCUGACCUUGGUGGGGGCAGGGUGGUUUGCUGCCUCAGGGCACAGGCACAUGAGGAAAUUACAACAGGUAAGGAUAAAUGAGGCCAAGGCCAGCCAAGACAUGGGCGAGCCAGACAAGCAUCCAGGAUAUGUUCAGGCUACUGAAAAGGGAGCAGGAAGCUAUCCCGAGCUCCUAUCCUACGCCUCCCUACUGCACACCUGCUACAGAUGUAUUCAUAAUCCUGACAUGAAGUGCAUAGCAGAAGCCUCCAGGAACCUGCUCCAGCUGUCUGACUGGUCAGUAUCCCGUGCUAUACUAGCUACGCUCUGUGCCUUGGCGCUUGGAAGGGAAAAACUACGUUUCCCAUAUGCCCUAGUACUUACGGUGGCGGAGGUGGGGAGGGUUCCGCCAAUCAGAAGCUCGAGAUCCGUGCGCGCGGGUAGGGCAGCAGCGUCCCUUCCAGGCCGGAACUGCAUUGUUCUGCACGCUGCAGCCUCCGGGUGUGACGGCUUCCUGUCUCCGGACCGCCGGACUGGCGAUGUGGUUGUGGCGAGUGGAAAUUGUUCCCAGAAGCUCACACAGCGCCUGCGCCUACAAUUAAAAGUUUAUGGAGAACUUAAUGUUCUAGAUGAUAUUUUGACUGAAGUGCCAGAACAGGAUGACGAACUAUAUAAUCCAGAGAGUGAACAAGAUAAAAACGAGAAAAAGGGAUCAAAAAGAAAAAGUGAUCGAAUGGAAUCUACUGACACCAAGCGACAAAAGCCUUCUGUUCAUUCAAGACAGUUGAUUUCUAAGCCAUUGAGCUCAUCUGUUAGCAAUAGCAAAAGAAUAGUUAGUACAAAGGGAAAGUCAGUCACAGAGUAUAAAAAUGAGGAAUAUCAAAGAUCUGAAAGAAACAAGCGUCUGGAUGCUGAUCGAAAAAUUCGUCUAUCAAGUAGUGCCUCCAGAGAACCCUAUAAGAAUCAACCUGAAAAAACUUGUCUUCGGAAAAGGGAUCCUGAAAGGAGGGCCAAAUCUCCUACACCAGAUGCCUCUGAGAGAAUUGGGCUUGAAGUGGAUAGACGUGCAAGCAGAUCCAGCCAGUCUUCUAAGGAAGAAGUGAAUUCUGAAGAAUAUGGCUCUGACCACGAAACUGGCAGCAGUGGUUCUUCUGAUGAGCAAGGCAACAACACUGAGAAUGAGGAGGAAGGGGUGGAAGAAGAUGUGGAAGAAGACGAAGAGGUAGAAGAAGAUGCGGAGGAAGAUGAAGAGGUGGAUGAAGAUGGAGAAGAGGAAGAGGAGGAGGAAGAAGAAGAAGAGGAAGAGGAGGAGGAAGAGGAAGAAGAAGAAUAUGAACAAGAUGAGAGAGACCAGAAGGAAGAGGGAAAUGAUUAUGACACUCGAAGUGAGGCCAGCGACUCUGGUUCUGAAUCAGUUUCUUUCACAGAUGGGUCUGUCAGAUCUGGCUCAGGAACAGAUGGAUCAGAUGAAAAAAAGAAGGAAAGGAAAAGAGCUAGAGGCAUAUCUCCAAUUGUUUUUGAUAGAAGUGGAAGCUCUGCAUCAGAGUCAUAUGCAGGUUCAGAAAAGAAGCAUGAGAAAUUAUCAUCUUCCGUUCGUGCUGUCCGAAAAGAUCAAACCAGUAAACUCAGAUAUGUUCUUCAGGAUGCAAGAUUUUUCCUCAUAAAGAGUAACAACCAUGAAAACGUGUCUCUUGCCAAAGCUAAGGGUGUUUGGUCAACACUGCCUGUGAAUGAGAAGAAAUUAAAUCUUGCAUUCAGGUCUGCAAGGAGUGUCAUCUUAAUAUUUUCUGUAAGAGAGAGUGGAAAAUUUCAAGGGUUUGCAAGACUUUCUUCAGAAUCACAUCAUGGAGGAUCUCCUAUACACUGGGUGCUCUUUGGAAUGAGUGCCAAAAUGCUGGGAGGUGUCUUUAAAAUUGACUGGAUAUGCAGGCGUGAAUUACCUUUCACUAAGUCGGCUCAUCUCACCAAUCCUUGGAAUGAACAUAAGCCAGUAAAGAUUGGACGUGAUGGACAGGAAAUUGAACUUGAAUGUGGAACCCAGCUUUGUCUUCUAUUUCCCCCUGAUGAAAGUAUUGACUUGUAUCAGGUCAUUCAUAAAAUGCGUCACAAGAGAAGAAUGCAUUCUCAGCCCAGAUCAAGAGGACGUCCAUCCCGUCGAGAACCAGUCCGGGAUGUGGGAAGGCGUCGACCAGAAGAUUAUGAUAUUCAUAACAGCAGAAAGAAACCAAGGAUUGACUAUCCCCCUGAGUUUCACCAGAGACCAGGGUAUUUAAAGGACCCACGAUACCAGGAAGUAGACAGACGAUUUUCAGGAGUUCGCCGAGAUGUGUUUUUAAAUGGGUCCUACAAUGAUUAUGUGAGGGAAUUUCAUAACAUGGGACCACCACCACCUUGGCAAGGAAUGCCCCCUUACCCAGGAAUGGAACAGCCUCCACACCAUCCUUAUUAUCAGCACCAUGCGCCACCUCCUCAAGCUCAUCCCCCUUACUCAGGACAUCAUCCUGUACCACAUGAAGCACGAUACAGAGAUAAACGAGUACAUGAUUAUGACAUGAGGGUUGAUGAUUUCCUUCGUCGCACACAAGCUGUUGUCAGUGGCCGGAGAAGUAGACCUCGUGAAAGAGAUCGGGAACGAGAGCGAGACCGCCCUAGAGAUAACAGAAGAGAUAGAGAACGAGAUAGAGGACGUGAUAGAGAAAGAGAAAGAGAGCGAUUAUGUGAUCGGGACAGAGACCGAGGGGAGAGAGGUCGAUAUCGAAGAUAAUGCGCUUUUGGAAGCACUGAUUGUUUAAAGAUAAAAAAAUCUUGUAUUUUUUUUGUGUGUGUUUACAAGUAGUAAAUUUAUUUUCAGCUGUCUACUUAAAAGUUCAUUGUGUAGAAGGAUUUAUUAUGAUCCCUUUGUUCCAAGCAUGCAGUAUAAUAAGAACUGGAAAAACACAAAUUCGCCAAAAAUGCACAGUUGACAGUAGACACUUUUAUUGGAACAGAAUGGAACAGUCCAAGAAUGUAGAUAUUGAUUCAUUCUCCAUAGAUGUUCAUCUUAUAGUAUGUUCAUCCUGUAGUUAUUUUUUGUUUGUUUACUUUCUUUUGGAUCUUGGUCAAUAACUGCCAUAUAUUUUGCUUUGUUGUGUUUCUACAUGUAGUUGCACACGGUUCAGUAAAAAUAAUGCUGCUAUCAAGUAUGCAAAUAUUGAAGUAUGAUGGUUUGACUAUAUGGCAGUGUUGUAGCAGCCUCUUGGUUUCUUCCUUUCCUUCAUUUUUUUAAACUUACAAAGUCCUUUUUUAUUUUAUUUUAUUAUUUUUCAGUCUUCAAUGAUGAGAGCAAUAUUAAGAAGACAUUGCUAUCUAAUUUUUAAUCUUUUUAAAUAAAAAAUUCCUAUGUUCAGUAGCAUGGUUGAUGCUAUCGUUUAGCCUUCCUCUCCAAACUGUAUACAUUGGCUUGGAAUGUUCACAAGUUGCGUGUGUGGCAGCAGAAGAUAAUUCCCAUAUUCUACAUUGCUACUGUUUUGUAUAAAAUAAAUUGGUAAAGAUUGACACUUA